AGCUACCUGAGAAGCAAUACCCAAGACUGAUAAAAGACGAUUCAUUGCACUGCCUAGAGUCCUGUGCUAAAUGGCUAGGUGAAGGACUAAUAUUAAUCCAGAACGAGUCUCACAGUCCUAGUAAGAUAGCCAUUGGUAACCAAGUAUAUCUCAAGUGAGAUCUUCUUGCUCCAUUCAAUAGCUAGAACCAUGAAGAAUAUUGCUGUUUCUUUGGCUAUAUGUUUAGCUUAUCCGUUGAUCAGUGCAGCGCUACAGGACAAAGACCACAAAAGUGGAAGUUCCUCUGAUGGUGGCGGCGGUGGACACACUCCAGAAGUACCUACUAGUCUCCAGAUUGUCACAUUUAAAUGGCAUCAUGUUCAAGAACCUUACAUUAUCGCUUUAUGGAUUCUUGUGGCAAGUCUAGCUAAAAUCGUAUUCCACAUAUCCCACAAAGUGACCACUGUGGUGCCAGAGAGCUGUCUUCUGAUUGUGCUUGGUCUGCUGCUGGGUGGUAUAGUAUGGGCUGCAGAUCACAUUGCUUCCUUCACCUUAACACCAACAGUGUUCUUCUUUUACUUAUUGCCACCCAUUGUAUUGGAUGCUGGGUACUUCAUGCCAAAUAGGCUGUUCUUUGGAAAUCUGGGUACCAUUCUUCUGUAUGCAGUUAUUGGAACAGUGUGGAAUGCUGCCACAACAGGUCUUUCACUGUAUGGAGUUUACCUAACUGGAAUAAUGGGGGAUCUACAGAUUGGUGUCUUGGAGUUUCUUCUUUUUGGAAGCCUGAUUGCUGCUGUUGACCCAGUUGCAGUUCUUGCUGUCUUUGAAGAAGUCCAUGUCAAUGAUGUCUUAUUUAUCAUUGUUUUUGGUGAAUCUCUCCUGAAUGAUGCAGUUACAGUGGUACUGUAUAACGUGUUUGAUUCUUUUGUUGCCAUUGGUGGUGAAAAUGUGACUGGUGUGGAAUGUGUCAAAGGUGUUGUGUCUUUUUUUGUGGUGAGCAUUGGAGGAACUUUGGUUGGCAUUGUUUUUGCAUUCCUUCUUAGUUUGGUUACUCGAUUUACCAAGCAUGUGAGGAUAAUUGAACCUGGAUUUGUUUUUGUUAUUUCUUAUCUGUCCUACCUUACCUCAGAGAUGCUUUCUUUAUCUGCAAUUCUGGCCAUCACAUUUUGUGGAAUUUUCUGCCAGAAAUAUGUAAAAGCAAAUAUUUCAGAGCAAUCUGCAACUACAGUGAGAUAUACAAUGAAAAUGUUGGCAAGUGGGGCUGAAACUAUUGUCUUCAUGUUUUUGGGAAUUUCAGCUGUGGAUCCAAACAUCUGGGUGUGGAAUACUGCCUUCAUACUUUUGACCCUGCUUUUUAUCUCUGUUUACAGGAUUAUUGGUGUGGUUGUUCAAACAUGGAUUCUAAACCGCUACAGAAUGGUACAGCUUGAAAUAAUAGAUCAAGUGGUGAUGUCUUAUGGCGGUUUGAGAGGUGCUGUUGCCUUUGCUCUUGUUGCUCUACUAGAUGGUGAAAGAGUAAAAGCCAAGAACUUGUUUGUCAGUACAACUAUAAUUGUUGUAUAUUUUACAGUCAUAUUUCAGGGAUUAACCAUUAAGCCAUUGGUACAGUGGUUGAAAGUGAAGAGGAGUGAACAUCAUGAACGAAAACUAAAUGAAAAACUGCACGGAAGGGCAUUUGAUCACAUUUGCUCAGCUAUUGAAGAUAUCUCUGGGCAAAUUGGACACAAUUACAUGAGAGAUAAGUAA